AUGAAGAAGAGGGUGGCCCAGACGCUGUCCAACUCGGGCUCGACGUCGGCCAGGAAGUCGAAGAAGCAGAUGGUGGCCGUGGGCACGGAUCCGUCUGGGCUUGUUCGGGUCCGCGUCCGGGUGCAGUUGGUGAACAAAUCUGCCAACAACCCCCCGCUGAACACCAACGUCUCGGCCAUGAAUACCACCCGUACUACAACUUCUUACUACACACCCGAUCUCACUUCAACGGUGCGCAAGACGGUCCGCUCCGGUGCUGGUUCCGCUUACAACAAUCUUGGACAUACUACCGAUGAGGAGGAUACGCGCGGUGAAGAAUCUGAAAGAAUCAUUUUCCGCGACACUCCACGUUCUCCCAAGGAUUCACCGAUCGUGCGCCUCUGGAAACGGCUUUCUGGCAAUGGUGACGAGUUCAAAGCCGGGCCUCCCGGAACUUACUACGACAUGAAGGUGAAUUGGUGGGACGAUAUUCCGCGGCUGCUCUUGAUCAUCUUCUCCAUUUUCUUCGUGAUUCUGGCGAUCGGCUACGUGACAACCGCUCACCCCGACACUCUGGCCAGUGGAGCUCAAGUUGUUGCCGCUUCGACUCGUGAUAUGGUCGGCUUCUUCUACCAAUACCUCAUCGUUCCGUCUGCUGUGCUGGCCGCCCUUGCUGUAGCCGUCAUUGCCGUCUACUACACCCAUCGCUACUAUCGCAACUCACGCGCCGAAGAGGAGGGCGCCUUCUUCGAUCUGGUGGAGAAGAUUACCGACACUGUCCGUGAUUCUGCUGCCGAUGGCGAGGAAUAUAUUAGCGUGCCCCAUGUCCGCGACGUCAUCUUCCCUCCGGCUCGCCGCCGUCCCGCCGAACUGGCUCGCUGGGAGCGCGCCGUGGAGUACGUCAACGAUAACGAGUCGCGCAUCGCCACCGAGACUCGCCUCAUCCGCGGACACGAGUGCGCCGUCUGGAAAUGGCUGGAGGCGAAGAAGACCGGAUGGCAAGGCAAAGCCUUCGCCGAAGCCCUUUCGCCGAACGUCCCAAAACAGGGCCUCACCAAGUUCCUAAAAAUUCGCGAUAUGGUGGCUAACGACGGGUCGGAUCGCCUAAAGGCCGAGCUGGACAUGCGCGACAAGCUGCGCCCUAUUCAACCAUUACAUGUUGGAUAUUGUGCCGACCAUAGCACUAACGAGAAGCUAAUUUUCGCGAUGUUCUCCACUAACGACCAGGCUCAUAAAGCCUUUACUGCCCUUCAUGGCGAGUGGUAUUGCGGUCGCCUCAUCAAUGUAAAGUUCGCGAUAUAUUGCCAACGCCUGUGGAUCAAUCAACUGUUUUUGGCCUCUAUCAGGUCAAUCUGGAAUUCAAUUGGCCAUCUUGUGUGGAAGAAGAGGUUCACGCAAAGAAGGAGAUCGUCC